AUAAAUUAUCCGAUGUCAGCCGCCAGGAGCCAGGAAUACGACUGCACCGCGAAGUGCAGACACCGCCAGCAUGGAAACACCAUCACCGCAGCGCUAACCAAGCGCUCCAUUGACCACCAGAAGCUGGCGGCUUUUAUUUUCAAGACGUGCGGCAAUUUCGCCAGUAUUCUAGACGACCUGGGCCGUUCGGCGGUGCACAUGGCCGCCUCGACGGGGCGCUACGAGAUUCUGGAGUGGCUGCUCAACCACGGAGCCUACAUCAAUGGCCAGGACUACGAGUCGGGCAGUAGUCCACUGCACAGGGCCCUGUACUACGGCUCCAUCGACUGUGCCGUACUGCUGCUGCGCUACGGGGCCAGUUUGGAGCUCCUGGACGAGGACACCAGGUGCCCGCUGCAGGCCAUCUGCAGGAAGUGCGAUGAUAAGGAUCUGGCCACGGAUUCACAAAACGAUGUCCUGGUGUGGGGCUCCAACAAGAACUACAACCUGGGCAUUGGCAACGAGCAGAACACCAAUGCCCCGCAGGCGGUGGACUUCUUCCGCAAAUCCGGCCUCUAUCUGAAACAGGUGGCUCUGGGCGCCUACCACAGCCUGUUCUGCGACAAGAAGGGUCACCUGUACGCCGUGGGCCAUGGCAAGGGUGGUCGCCUGGGCAUCGGCGUGGAGAACAGCCUGCCGGCACCCAAGCGCGUGAAGGUGUCCUCCAAACUGGGCGACGACUCCAUACGCUGCAUCAGCGUUUCCCGCCAGCACUCACUGGUGCUCACCAAUCGCUCGCUGGUCUUUGCCUGCGGCCUCAACGCAGACCAUCAGCUGGGCGUGCGUGAUGCCCCCGAGCAGCUCAGCCAGUUCAAGGAAGUGGUCGCCUUGCGUGACAAGGGUGCCAGCGAGCUGGUGCGCGUGAUCGCCUGCGAUCAGCACUCGAUCGCCUACGGCAGCAGGUGUGUCUACGUGUGGGGGGCCAAUCAGGGUCAGUUUGGCAUCAACGCCAACACGCCGAGCAUCAUGGUGCCCACAUUGAUCAAGCUGCCUGCCAAGACUGCCAUCCGUUUUGUGGAGGCCAACAAUGCAGCCACGGUAAUUUACAGCGAAGAGAAGAUGAUCACUCUUUUCUAUGCAGACAAGACUAGAUACAUUAAGACGCCCAACUACGAGGAUCUCAAAAGCAUAUCUGUGAUGGGUGGCCACCUAAAGAACUCCGCCAAGGGCUCCGCGGCAGCUCUGAAGCUACUGAUGCUCACUGAAACCAAUGUGGUGUAUCUCUGGUACGAGAACACUCAACAGUUUUACAGAUGCAACUUCUCGCCCAUACGACUGCCCCAGAUUAAGAAAAUCCUUUACAAGUGCAAUCAGGUGUUGGUCCUCUCCGAGGAUGGCUGCGUUUAUCGGGGCAAGUGCAAUCAGAUCGCCCUGCCAAACGCAGCGCUGCAGGAAAAGGCCAAGCCCAAUCUGGAUAUCUGGCAGAACAACGAUCAGAACAAAACGGAAAUCUCCCGGGAACAUGUGAUCCGCAUCGAGCUGCAGCGUGUGCCCAACAUUGACCGCGCCAACGACAUAUUUUGCGACGAGGGGUUUUCAUCGUUUGCCGUACUGCAAGAGUCGCACACCAAGUACUUCCGGAAGCCAUCAAUGCUACGAAGGGAGCACAGCUUCAAGAAGUUGCUGCACGAGACCAGCGAUUGUGAUGCCGUCCACGAUGUGGUCUUUCAUGUGGAUGGAGAGAAGUUCGCGGCCCACAAGUUAAUCAUUUUCAGUCGAGCUCCAGGACUCAGAGAGCUCAUCCGGUGUUAUCUGGACAAGGAUAUUUAUCUAAAUGUUGAGCACUUGACGGGCAAGAUGUUUGAGGUGGUCCUGAAGCACAUCUACUCGAGCUACUGGCCAACUGAGGAUGACAUUGACUGCAUUCAGCAAAGUCUUGGGCCGGCGAAUCCUCAACAGCGAACCCGCACCUGCGAGAUGUUCUUACCGCACCUGCAGAAGUUCCAACUAGUCGAACUGGCCAAGUAUGUGCAAAGCUACGUUCGUGACCAUCAGUUCCCAAUGCCCAGUACCCGCCAGCGAUUCAAUCGCAUGUAUCGUUCAGAUUAUCCGGAGCUGUACGAUGUAAGGAUUGUGUGCGAGGACGGUAAGGUUUUAGAGGCUCACAAGUGCAUGCUGGUGGCACGGUUGGAGUAUUUUGCAAUGAUGUUUAUGCACUCGUGGGCUGAGCGUUCCUCUGUCACGAUGGAGGGAGUUCCCGCGGAGUACAUGGAGCCAGUUCUGGACUACCUAUACAGCCUGGACACGGAGGCUUUCUGCAAGCAGGGCCACCUGGAGACGUUCCUCUACAACAUGAUCACCAUUUGUGACCAGUACUUUAUGGAGUCGCUGCAAAACGUGUGCGAAUCGCUCAUCCUCGACAAGAUCAGCAUACGAAAGUGCGGCGAGAUGCUCGAGUUUGCAGCCAUGUACAACUGCAAACUGCUGCAGAAGGGCUGCAUGGACUUCAUUUGCCAGAAUUUGGCCAGAGUUCUUUGCUACCGCAGCAUCGAGCACUGCGAUGGAGAGGCUCUAAAAUGCCUGAAUGAGCACUAUCGUAACAUGUUCAGCAGGGUAUUCGAUUACCGCCAAAUCACACCCUUUUCAGAGGCUAUAGAGGACGAGCUUUUGCUCAGUUUUGUCGACGGUUGCGAGGUGGACCUGGACUACAGAAUGGAUGCGGAAUCCCAGCUCAAGCAGGCGGCCAAGCACAAACAGAAGGAUCUGCGUAAACAGGAUGCUCGACACCAGUACGAGCAGCAGGCCAUAUCCAGCAUGAUGAGAUCUUUGAGCGUCAGUGAAGCGGUGGAGGUCCCUUCAUCGCCCCAGGAAGGCGCUCGCAACGAGGCUAAGAACUGGUCACGAGUGGUGGACAAGAAGGAUCAGAAGCGGAAACAGGCUGAAACAGCCUUGAAAGUUAACAACACACUUAGGCAGGAGGAGCCACCAUCUCCUGACCUGUUGCCCAUUGAAAGGAAGCUCCUGAAGGAGCAAACACCGCCGCCUACUUCCCCCGAAACGGAAUCCACCUCGCCACUGGGCAAGAGUUACAAUUUAGACUUUAGUUCCUUGACGCCCCAGUCGCAGAAGCUUUCGCAGAAGCAACGGAAGCGUCUCUCCUCCGAAUCGAAGAGUUGGCGGGCCACUAACCCACCGCUGGUGGAGCAGUCCUCCACUCCAGUGGCUGUGCCGAAUGCCUGGGGAGUUACUGCCACGCCAUCGGGCUCGUUCAAUGACGCCUUUACUUCUCCCACGACUGGAAGCACUUCGGAUCCCACUUCGUUUGCCAACAUGAUGAGGGGACAGGCUGCCGCCUCCACCACGCCCACGGAGCCGGGCCAGAGCUUCUCGCGCAUCCUGGCGGAUGAGAGGAGGCAGCGGGAAACGUAUGAGCGCAUGCGGAACAAGUCCUUGGUUCACACGCAGAUCGAGGAGACGGCCAUUGCCGAGCUGCGGGAGUUCUACAACGUGGACAACAUUGAUGACGAGACCAUCACCAUUGCCCGCAUGUCCAGGCCCAGUGACAUCAACUUUAGUACCUGGUUGAGGCAGUAAAUUGGCACCUACAAUCAGCGCUCAGGUAGCCAAGUAAUAUGGAGUGUUUGUCCAUU